AUGGAGGAGACGUCACGGGGGUUGCUGCAGCACAAGCACAGGGCCGAGCAGCUGAAGCAAGAGAAAACUGCGCUCACACUCUCUUACGAGGUAAGAUUUCGACGAGGAAGCUUGGUCGUUAAAAAUAUAUCAGAAUAAGACAAUAGAAUAAAACUCGGGAGAAGUGACACGAAUUUCAUAUUUACACAUAGCUAGAAAAAUUAUAUAUUAUUUGGACGCUAUUUAUAGAAACUUACGUAUCAUUUGCAUCGUACGAAAUACUUUGAGGCUUGUAUUUAGAGCAAUUAGUUCAAUUAUCCGUCUCGAGAAGCAUCGGCAUUCAAUGUAAAAACACUGAGUCGGCUUUUACCGAUACGUGAACCUUUCUAUAAACGUCCAAACAUUUUCGUGAAUUAUUUUCAAAUUUUUCCAAGAUAUUGUAUUAUCGAAGAAUUGCCAUAGUUUUUCUUUCAUUGAUCAAACUGACAUGUCCAUCGCGUGACAUUGAAAUUUCGAUCGAUUGCCAAAAUUGGUCAUAUUUGGCGUUGUUUCACUUAUCCUCUUCAAAAGUAUCUUCCUUGAAUUCAUAUUCAUUCGAGCGGUUCAUCCAUGGAUUUUUACACGGUUCGCCGAAUUUCACAGGGUGAAACGAAAAGCAAGAUGUCUGCCCUUCGAUUUAAUCGAUUGGUCCCGUCGUCGGUAAGCACGAACCGAUAACGAAGAGACUGCCGAACUCUCUAGUCGAUCGAAUAAAGUUUCCAACAGAGUUUAUUGUUCCAGCUAUUUCUUCUUUGUUUUUUUUUUAGAGGAGGGAGGAGGGUUUUUUCGUAAACAGAAGUCGAGGCACUAUGACACUCUGGUAAAAAGCUCUCCCACGGUCCAAUAACAGUGCUCUCGUAGCGUGAACCAGCAGCCUGUUAUUGUAUUUCAACUGACGUUGUCAUGUACUAUUGUUCCUGGCAGCGACACAAAAGCGGGGACGGCUGAGUUUACCGUUGAAUUCACGUAACGCAAUUUAUUUCGUCCUCUUAUCCGGUAAACUCUCGAUCCGUAAAGCGACGCAACUGGCCGAAGAACGCGAUAUUUACUCCGCGUCGAUGAAGAACGCUCGAUCGACGCGAUCGAGGAUAUUCUUUCCGAUGUACGCCUGUUUCUACACUUUUCAUUCGGAAUUUAAUUUGAUUUACAGGAAGUUGUUGUCUUUAUGAAUUAUAUUUAAAAUGAAUUAUAUUUAUAUUUAAAAAAAAAAAAAAAGGACUUCGAAAUUUUUGCCACGUCUACAGAAAUUAAACGCUACGGCACGUAGCUGUGUAAUAUUCUUCUCUAAAAUCAAAAAUUUUUCAACUUUUUAAUCUUCCACUUUUUUUACGAUAUGUUUACGUAUCGCUUGAAAUUAGCUCAGAUAUACGUUUUAUACAGAGCGACUAAUUCGCGAUAGGAAAUCAAAUAAUAAUGAGGCACUGCGAAUCAUAGAGUUGACCUACUUGCACCGUAAUUUACCAUAAUUUUACAAAUUUCAACUAGCUGAAGCGAAACUCAAGAAAAUCAAUGUUUCGCGCAAGUUCUGCAAAGUCCAGCAGAAAGCCGAAUUUUUGUACUAUGAUCUUGAAAAGGCGAAGCAAAAUAAACGAACGAUACUUUGCCGACGACUAAUAUUCCUGACUUAACGAAGUAACGCAGCGCGGCCGGUCGCAAUGAAAAGGGGAGGGAACGGUAAACGAUCGCUGCGUUUGCUGCGAACCCUUAGAAUGCCACGCACUAUCUCGUUCACGGCCGGUUUGCUUCUAAAAGAGUCGUAGAUUCAGAGCGCGAGGGGUGUGCAUCACUGCCCCCACGAAAUACCGUUUAUUAUCGAUCGUCACUCGAUCCCCUGGUUCAAUGUCGUACCGCCCCACCGAUGCCAACCCCCUCCCCCUCCUGAAAAUCCCUCGGCCGGCUAUGAGGAAGUAUAUAAUGUCUGCAAGUGUUCUCCUGUAACCGUUCGAUUUUACUUUUCGAUGCGUACACCCUCUUGCGACGAAAACCCGUUCGAGAAUAUUUCUCUGAUGAAAAAGUGAACCAGUGAAUGAGUUUUACUCUGCUCGUAUUCUCGAAUUGGGGUUCUUCGAUUAUCGAUAAACGCUCGAUAGUUGUAUGCUUAAUGAAAUGAAAAGUUACGAAAAAUAAAGUAAAUAAAAAUUUACUAAAAAAUCGUGUACGCGAUCGUUACUGCUCGUGUUAAUUCCUCGAAUUCUCAACGUCUCCCCCGAAUACGUGCCUCUGGCAACCGUGGUGGUUGCUCGGCACCACUAGCAGUUAGAUUAGAAAUUUCCCCGUUUCUCGAUGCGUGUGAUUUAGAGACUCGCAGCUGUCGGACGCGAUAAUAAAUUAGGGAAUGGCGGGAAGACGCGCGCACAGGAGGAAUUCCAAGAAACGGGCAGUAUUUGUAUUUUUAUUUUCCCAUUGCUUUCGCCACCAGGGAUGACAGAAAAUCGUUGCCUCAGUUUCGAAAGAAAAAGGGGGUGUAGACAUUACCAAGGGGCCGGCUGGCUGGCACGACUGUUAUAAAUCAGACACACGCACCCUCUAUUAGCACCCCUGUCUCCGACAGGUCUCCACAGCCCUAAUUUAACGUUAAACGCUUUUCUGCUAAUAACGGCCGCUCGUGUUAUUAACUCUGGCGAGCAACUGCACCCGAGUUCUCGAGGAAACUGCAUUUGUCUUCCGACUGUUGCCAUAUUGCCGACCUCUCGGUGAUACCGAUACCGAUAUCUCCCCUCAAUCGUCUCGUUUAUGAAAUAUCCAAGAAACUGAAAUUUCAUUAUUUUUAAGUAUCUUGAGACAUUUGGUAGAUUGGUAUAUAAUUUUCUCCUAUCGUCAGUGAUCGUCGGCCACAUCGAGACAGGAGAAAUCGAUUGAACGUUAACAAAAAUUUAGAACGAAAGAAUGUCCAUAUCGUUGGUAUAAUAUUGUUGACUAUUUGAACGUGCAAGUUUAGAAAGAAACUAAUGCGAGUUUGUCUCUUCGUUUGCUUCGAACAGACACGCGUACACCAGUAUCAGGCACAGAUCUCGAAGCUGCAGCUGGAGAACGAGUCGAUGAGGGGUCAGCUGCGCGGUUUGGAGGCUGCAUGCGCUGGUGAGGUGCAUGCUGCGUUGGUGGCACGUCUGGCGACCUUGGAAACGGAGCACGCCGCCUUGGCGCGAGACGCGGACGCUCAGCGUCGCCAGUACGAGCGGUGCCUGGACGACGUCGCCAACCAGGUGGUCCGCGCCCUUCUAUCCCAAAAGGGUCUCAGGGAAGAAAUCGGUGCGUUGCAGAGGCGUAUACGGGAGCUCGAGGCUCAAAAUCGAGCGCUCUCAGGAUUAUUGGCCCAGGCGGCAAAUCCUGGAAGUCCGACGGAAUUGAUUCAAGGGAUCCUCGAAGCUGGACCAGCGGCAGUGGUCGCUGCCCUUGGUCUGGAUCCAGCUUGGGUUCCCUUGUCUAGGCCACGCUCGCUCAAUUUGCAAAUACCAGUCAUGGCUGCUACGAAAUGUCGAAGAAACAGACCUUUAGCUCAGAAACCGUCAGAGGAGGAAGGUAGCGAGAGUCCGGAGAGUGGGAACAGAGACGAGGGUUAUUCAACAAUGUCCAGCGACGUGCAGGGUGAGGGUGCUCGACAGGAACCAUCCCGGGGAUUGGAAGAUCUGAAGGAGGCGACAGACGAGACCGAGGCAGACGUUUCGCCGGAUGCACGGCUGGUCGCCCUCGACGCCGGCGACCCGGACGUGCUGUUUUUGCCGUUGAAUCUCACCGUUGGAAUAAACCCGCGUCACAGUUAUCCCCCGACCAAAGAUCUGCUGCCGUAUCAGCACGUGAUGCGCAGCUUCUCUGACAGUCACCUAUGCCUCAAGCUGACCACCACGACCAAUUUCACACCGUACAAGCUGCCAAGCCCCAUGGGAUCCUCUUCUUUGCUUCUGGUUGAGGAGGAAGGCUGGGACGCCGAGUACGUGCAACAGUGGCUCAGGUUGGACGACAGCAGAAGUGCUCAACAACAUCGAGAUCUCCUCGAGUUGGAAUACGACAGAGCAGAAUUGGAAGAUUGGAGUUUCUCGUUGUCCACCGAGGACCUCGUUCAAAAUGAAUCCACGGUAUGGAAGGAGCCGGCUACUACCACCACCCCGGCUCUUCCAGCAAUCAAGGAACAUAAUCCUCUGGAAUUGGAGGAGGACGCGAACGAAUGCUUAUGGAAUGGUGCCAGUUACCUUGCUGAUAGAACAGGAGGCGAAUUGGUUGCUCUUCUAAUGGAUGCCAGAGCGACUGGAUCAUGGCCAUACGCUACGAGUCCAGGUGCAUCCUGGAGCAGCGAAGAGGGAGCGUUUGAAAACUCCAGCAAACGAUCCUCGGCGGCAUUAUCUGGUUGCAGCGACGAUCCGGACUCCCCUUCAAUUGGCACGGAUUUCACCAGGGAUUUCUACAGGCUGGUAAAGUUCGAGAGUACGAAAAGCUUGGCAAGCACGUCGUCGAGAAGCGGCAGACCUCCGCCGGAUAGGGAACAAGCCCUGCAGAGCGUGUUGUCCUUUAUCGCCGAGCAACAAAUGUAUUUGGCCGAAUUGCCAAACAGUCUGCUGGAACAUAACAGUGCAACCCAUGCAACGGAAGUUCUAGAGGAAACCGAGCACAAAGAUGAGUUUGGGACCGAGGCGAUGUGCGCCGAAAUAGAAACGUCCGUCGAUCAAGAUAGCAGCAACAUCGAGAACGUUGCUGAAACGAGCAGUAACGACGAUUUGCUAGAUCAGAUACCCGUACCCUCUCUGGCACCGGAGGAGAGAAUAAUCAGCGCGGUGGCUUGCAAUGGUGGUGUCUCUUAUACCACGGUCGCGCCGUCUGAAUUGGGUGCCGUUCCCGAGGAAGAUGAAGAAGCUGCUACUUCUUCCACGCCGAGCACGGUUAGUAAAAAAAAAAAAAAAAAAAAUGAUUCGAAACCUUAUCUUAUCUCAUUUGCUUCAAAAUUUUACAAUUUACAACAUUCGAUGCGUCACACUGAAGACGAUCCGAUCUUACCUUUAGAUUUCCGACAUUACGUUUUCAUUAGUCCAGCGAGAGCACCGCUACUAGUCGAAGGCAGAGACAGAUCGCUGAGCUUCCACGAACGUGCCACGUCGAAGGACGUGAUAGACGAACUGAAUCGAAUGAUCAGAAAGGGAGAGGAGAACACCGUCACCCAGGAAAGUCAGGUGCCGCUCGAAAAAUUGGAUCUCGCUUGCUGUUGCCCGACCGGAUGGGUUCACGUUGAACGGGACAUUGACUUUACCGACCCAAAAGCAAGAGCCAAUCUUUUAGACGUGAUGCUGGAAAGCAGUGAGAGUUCUUCGGCGACAUCGAGCAGCGGAUCAGCCGGAAGUGACUCGGGGGAUGAACCGCCUGAUUACCGUCACUUGCACAGACUACACCGAUACCGACGACAAAAGAAAGAAAUACAUGACGAAAAAGGAGAGUGAGAGAGAGAAAGAGAGAGAGGAACGUGAUACGUGUAAGAGUGCUAAGCCGAGCUACUCUGUGUCUGCUAGAACCGCAUCGGCGGCCCAGGCACACCGUGUGUUACGACUGCCGUCAACCUGGGGUUCAUCGAGGCCGUCGAUCAUCGGGCGGGGUGAGGAUUUCUUCGUGCGAUACGGAGACAAGGAGCGCGAAGCUGUGGCCUCUUUUGAUUUCCUCGACGAGAUCGUGGCACCCUCCGCGGCAGGCUCGAACGCCAGUCUCAUCGAUUUGGAUGACACACCCUCUACAGAGCUUCAUAGCGACAUCAUGAAGCUUUCUCCUCUGUAG